CCAGGUUGCAAGAGCUACACACUGCUGCUCUGUCCGGUCACGGCAGAGAGGGGUGUCCUACUAACUUCACCAAAACUUUCACGAAACUCAGUCAUCAGAAAAACACUGACUGAAUGACAAAAGUGUCGCAACUCGCUUCACUCCUGCUUUAAUGAAACUUUAACUACUUUAUGUUGCUUCUUGUUUUUUCUGAUUUUUACCUAAGACCGAGGCAUUGACCGCACAUCCAGUUUGAUAAGUUUUGAAUGAGCCGGGUCACGUUUGCGUAAAGAUUUUUGUCUCUUUUUUCCCCCUUAUUUUAAUUUCACGUUGGGAUAACGUUUUUUGUUUUUUGUACUUUGUCAUUUAAGACUCGUGAUGGCUGUCCUGUCACUAGCUUUACUACUUGUAGGACUUGUACUGACUUCAGCUGCUAAGGCUGGUGAAGUAGAUAGAGAGGAGCAGUUGAAGAGCCGGCUGAAAGAAUACGGCCUGGUCACCCCCUUCAGCACCGACUCCCACGGACACUACCUGUCACACCUGCUCUCCGCCACUCACAAGCAGCGUGUUAAGAGGGAGGUGCUUGAAAACGGUGAAACUGAACAGAGGCUUUUCUUCAACAUCACUGCCUUUGGAAAGGAGUUUCACCUUCGUCUGCGGCUGAACAGCAGGCUGGUGGCGCCUGGCGCGAUGGUGGAGUGGCACGACGAGGUCCCGGGAUUCGGAAACGGCGGUGCUGGCAACGAUUCUAGCGUGGGCGCCAACCAGACUGAAUCCACCAAUGGCACGGAGAGGAUACUGCGCCGUGAGCUGCUCAAGACAGACUGCACCUUUACCGGUGACAUCACAGACGUCCCCGGGGCCUCGGUUGCCAUUAACAACUGCGAUGGGCUGGCUGGGAUGAUUCGCACAGAAUCGGAUGAGUACUUCAUCGAGCCGCUGGAGAAAGGCACUCAGGAGCUGGAGGACCAGGGCAGGGUCCACGUGGUUUACCGCAGGUCAGCUCUGCUGCAGACUCCCUUGGACAUCUCUGUGGAUUACCAGCUACAAGAACCGGAGCUCGAUGUUCCCGGGACCCUUGACUCAGUAACCCGACAGGUAAAUGAGACGGUCCAGCGCCGCAGACGGAGGGACGCUGGGGAGGACGACUACAACAUCGAAAUCCUGCUGGGAGUCGAUGACUCAGUGGUCCGAUUUCACGGCAAGGAGCAUGUGCAGAAUUACCUCCUCACGCUGAUGAACAUAGUGAAUGAGAUUUACCAUGACGAGUCUCUGGGAGUCCACAUCAACGUGGUCCUGGUCAGGAUGAUUAUGCUGGGGUAUGCCAAGUCCAUCAGUCUCAUUGAGAGAGGCAACCCAUCGCGGAGCCUGGAGAACGUGUGCCGCUGGGCCUUUGUGCAGCAGAAAGGCGAUCCUGAUCACGCCGAACACCACGACCACGCAAUUUUCCUCACUCGCCAAGGCUUCGGCCCCACAGGGAUGCAGGGUUACGCUCCGGUCACAGGAAUGUGCCACCCAGUCCGGAGCUGCACCCUGAACCACGAAGACGGCUUCUCCUCCGCCUUUGUUGUGGCUCAUGAGACCGGACACGUGUUGGGCAUGGAGCAUGAUGGCCAAGGCAACCGCUGUGGGGACGAAACGGCGAUGGGAAGCGUGAUGGCCCCGCUGGUGCAGGCGGCCUUCCAUCGAUACCACUGGUCAAUGUGCAGCGGGCAGGAGCUGAAGCGAUACAUCCACACGUAUGAUUGUCUCCUGGAUGACCCCUUCAAACACGACUGGCCGGAGCUUCCUGAACUUCCUGGCAUCAACUACUCGAUGGACGAGCAGUGUCGAUUUGACUUUGGGGUCGGCUACAAGAUCUGCACUUCCUUUCGCACAUUUGACCCGUGUAAACAGCUGUGGUGCAGCCACCCAGACAACCCCUACUUCUGUAAAACCAAGAAGGGGCCACCUCUCGAUGGGACCGAGUGUGCACCUGGAAAAUGGUGCUACAAAGGUCACUGCAUGUGGAAAAACCCUAAUCAGGUCAAGCAAGAUGGUGCCUGGGGCUCCUGGAGCAAAUAUGGUUCCUGCUCACGCUCCUGUGGAACUGGAGUUCGAUUCCGGACUCGUCAGUGCGCCAACCCUGCCCCAUCGAACGGCGGCCAGGACUGCCCAGGCGUAAACUACGAGUACCAGUUGUGCAAUACAGACGACUGCCCCAGGCACUUUGAAGAUUUCAGAGCUCAGCAGUGCCAGCUCCGCAACUCCCACUUUGAAUUCCAAAAUGCCAAACACCACUGGCUGCCCUACGAGCAUCCUGAUGCAAACAGGAGAUGCCACUUGUAUUGCCAGUCCAAGGAGACAGAAGAUGUGGCAUACAUGAAGGUACUGGUGCAUGAUGGGACACGAUGUUCUUACAAGGACGCCUACAGCAUCUGCGUGCGUGGAGAGUGUGUGAAAGUUGGCUGUGACAGAGAAAUUGGCUCUAGCAAAGUUGAGGACAGAUGUGGGGUUUGUGGUGGAGACAAUUCUCACUGCCGCACCGUCAAAGGAACCUUCACCCGGACGCCGAAGAAAGCUGGGAAACAGUUAAGCAAGAGAGCCCAAAAAGAAACCGCUGUGUCCGAAAACACUAUAUGGAAGACGAGAGGCGCCUUUUCUUUGCCCAAAGGAGCUCGAAAUGUGUUUGUAAAUGAAACAGAGGACUCUCGAAAUGUACUUGGUUACCUUAAGAUGUUUCUCAUUCCUCCUGGAGCUAGACAUGUGAUCAUCCAAGAACAUGAGGCCUCCCCUCACAUUCUUGCAAUCAAGAACCAGGCGACGGGGCAUUACAUCCUCAACGGCAAAGGAGAGGAGGUCAAGUCCAGAAGCUUCAUCGACUUAGGCGCUGAGUGGCAUUACAUCAUUGAGGGCGACGUGGAGACGCUGCAGACAGACGGCCCUCUGCACGACCCCGUGGUGGUGCUGAUUAUACCGAAGGACAAUGAGACACGCUCCACUUUGAUGUAUAAGUACGUCAUCCAUGAAGAUUCGGUGCCCAUCAACAAUAACAAUGUCAUCCAGGAGGAGACCUAUGAGUGGGCUCUGAAGAGCUGGUCUCCGUGUUCCAAGCCAUGUGCUGGAGGGUUUCAGUACACCAAGUAUGGAUGUCGGAAAAAGGGAGACACCAAGAUGGUUCAUCGAGGCUACUGCGAUGCUGGCAAGAGGCCCAAACCCAUCCGAAGAAUGUGUAACCUUCAGGACUGCACACAGCCUCAGUGGAGCUCAGAAGAAUGGGAGCACUGUACCAAAACCUGCGGCAGCCUAGGCUUUCAGAUCCGAACCGUUCGCUGCGUACAGUUCCUGCAUGAUGGCACGAACCGCUCCAUCCACAGCAAAUACUGCAGCGGCGAGAAGCCCGAGAGUCGAAGGCCCUGUAACAAAGUACCGUGUCCUGCCCAGUGGAGGACCGGAGCCUGGUCAGAGUGUUCUGUGACGUGUGGAGAGGGGAUAGAAAGGCGUUUGAUCACCUGCCGGAUUGGAGAUCAGUGUAACGGAGAAAAGCCCGAAAACGUGAGGCCGUGCAAACCUGGACCCUGCCACGAUGAGCCGUGUAAUGGGGACAAAUCCAUCUUCUGCCAAAUGGAGGUAUUAGCGAGAUACUGCUCUAUUCCAGGCUACAACAAGCUGUGCUGCGACUCCUGCAGUAAGCGCACUGGAGCCCUGUCUAUGUUCUCGGAGGCGGCCGAGACCGAGGAAAAUGUUCGCUUCGGAUCAGCCUCGCAGCUCCUCGAGACAUUAACGGCCGCAGUAGCGGCCAACGGCACUCGCGGUGGGAAACAAGGCACGGGCAAAGGAUCCGCCACAUCGGGCGGUGCAGCAAAACACAUCACCACGCCUGCUCCAGUUAAGAAAACCCCAUCAAAGAUCACUACAGCACCGAGGCGGGUUCCACGACAUGCAGACCUCACUGGCAGGAAGCUGUCCACCCAGGCUGGUCCUACUCGGGGUCAAAGGUCAAGCAGUUUGAUGGACAGUUGGCAGCCUGUGGCAUAUUCUGAAGUGGAGCGAUGAAAGUCACAGCUUUUCCCUUUAGGACUCGUAAUGUACAGUAGAUAAUCCAGCUUCAUCCUGAGUCUUCUCACACCAGAAAACACUAGAGAGAGAGAAAGAAAAGUGCUGGUUCACUUUGUAAGAAUUUGACCCCGAUACGGACUCUAGAUAUCUCUUUAACCACCUGCAGUGAGCUUGCAGAUUACUGAGGCUGAAACAGCCGUGCUACUUUGCCCUCAUACUUCUAUAUUAAUAUGAAACAAAUAUGAAAUCAUUUCAAGGUGUAGGGGCACGUGAGCCACAGGGAGUUUUCUUCCGUGUCAAAUGAAAAGCUAAAUGAAGUUCAUAGUGAAUAGUUUCAGGGAUACAGCCAAAGGACAGUUCAGUAUUCAAAAGAUGUUUGUUGCUCUGACUCAUAUAUUCCCGAUGUCUGACAUUUAUUUCAUUUUAUCACCUUGUUCACUUGUUCAGGCAAAUAUUUCUCUAAUGUCACCUGCACAGUGAAAACUGAGAGAACAGGUGGAGGAACAUGUCUGCAUUCCCCCUCCGGCCUGAGCUGUCGCCUGGUCUCGUUACUGAAUAAACCAGGCCCCUGUUGCCUGCAGAGCAGCUAUGCUGCUGCAGAUAUCCAGAGAGAAAAUGUCAGCAGGUGCAGAGACCAGAGCUAAUUCAGCUGUGUAGAUUUAGUAGAACUCAUAGAGUAUGGAAAUAGAUGCAAGAAUUGGUUUAAAUGCCUCUUGUAUUUCAGUUCAUUUGAAAAGUGACUCCACUAAAGGCCAUGUUUGCCACAUUGGUUCUUUUUGGAUAAAUCUCAGCUUUACGAUGCGUUUUAAUUGAUUGCAUCCAUAUCCUAUCCCUACAUUGUGACCUUUGAGGUAGAUGUCAGAGUUCGGUAUCAUUUUAAAAUUAAAAAUAAUCAAAGCCAGAACAUCUGAUACAGCUGAGAAUUCCCACUACUUGAAUGUUACAAACUGCCAGUUUUCUUGCCAGAAAUCUAACUCUAAGCUCGACUUACAGAAAGUUCAGCUGUCAAAGUAUUCAGUGAAAAAUGAUUUACCGUACUUUAGGUGAAUAUGUGAAUACCAGAGAUAAAUUUCCCCAACACACUAUUUAUAAAGCUUCCUGUAAAUGCUGUACAUGAAAAUAUCAGUAUUAUUUUAAGAAAGUGGGAUGCUUUCAAAUACAUUUUUAACCAGUUCUACCAGAUGUUGGUGCCAGUGUUUACCCUUCCAGGGACGGUGCUGUUCACAUGGGUAGAAAGGGAUUAUUGACUGAUUAUUGAUAUAGCUUUCCUUUCAGAAUGCCAUGAAGAUUUCUGUUAUAACUUAAAGAAAAGUCAAAGUGCAGAGAGAUGAGCUGUUUGACACCCUUCUGAUAUUUGCAUUGUAGGAGCAGUUAAGUUAGUUUUUCAUAAACACUGAAAACAUGGGAAAAAGCUAACCGACUCUGUCCAAAGAAAACACCACCUAUCAGCACCGAUGAAGUAUUCAUCCUGUUUCUGAAACAACUUUGUUACCUUUAGACAGAGCUUACUUUUUGCUACCAGUCACUAAGCUGCACCAAGCUGGCUGCUUUUCAUAUUUAGCUUUGUUCCAUGUUUUUUCUCUUCUCAGAAAUACUUAAGGGCAAAGAAGGAACUAACUAAAGAGCAUGCGCCGCUCAGCGUUGUAUGUCAUAUAAAGUAGACCAUACAACACUCAGGUCAAAGGACCAAAAUCAUUCAUAAUACAUGUAAAAUGUGUUUUUACUUUAGCCUCACUUUUACGGUGACUUUUUGUUAACCCACUCGCCUCUUUAAUAGGUACACCUGUGAAAAGAAAUGCAAUCCGAUAUCAGCACACCGCCAUAAAUCCUUGUCCUAUGAAGCUUUUUGUUUGUGUUUGUUAUUGAGGUCGUAGAGGGCAGUGAUGUGGGAGGGAAGGGAGGCAGUUUAUGUAGCCUACACAUCCUCGCUGCCUGAAACCUCCAUAAUCAGGUAAAAUUAUAACAACCUUUGGGGAAUGUCAGCAAAGAGUGAAAAUCUAAAUGAUGAAUUGUUAGCAGAACUGCUGCGUUAGAUUGCAUUUACAUUCACAGGUGAGCCUAAUAACUAAAGCUGCAUUAGUUGACUUUUGACCACUAGGGACCAGACAGACAAAAACAAACACAGCAAUGCAGACAUUAUCUUUAACUUUUAGACACAUUACAUAGUGAAUUCUGCCCGUGCAAUGAAGUCCAACUUAUUUUAGCUCAGGAGUCCCCGCCAUCUCUCACUUUCUUCACCACCCAGCUGUUUGUUCCAGCUGUGCUUUUAGCUUUUUCACGAAGAGCUAAAACAAUGUAGUCUGUGAGUACUGAGCUUGGAAAAUUGAUCAACCCUUUCACAGUCUGCCAAUAUAGAGCCAUGUCAUUCAGUUUUAAUAUAAAAAUUACUUAAUGGCCCUUGGAGCUCGUUACAUCCUUUCAUGAUUAGCCUGAACAAGGUUCUCUGGUACGUUUUAUGUUUGCAGGAACAAAGCUUUGUUGUAAGGACAAUAAGCUGGAAUUUAGAAAAAAGACUCUUACUGUAUGUGGAACAUAUUUUUUUCCAAAGUAUUCUCUAAAUGGCUUUUUUAUUAAGGUGGAAAAAGGUUUUGGAGACAGAAAGCUAUUUAUUUAAAAGAGGAUUUCCUUGCAACCACCAUGCAUCUGACUGCAAUAGCAAAAGGCACAGAUUUGUGUUUUCAGCAAAGAAAUAGCUUGCAACUAUCCACACUCAGUCCUGUGUGCCAAUGUAUAGAACAUGUAUAUAGCAUUGAGUGCAUAAAUAUUUAUUGAAAGUUAAAGGGUUCUGCUUUGUUGUCACAGCGAGUGCAGCAGCCGGCCGAUAAGCUGCAUUGGAUAAACCAUUGAAAACUGAUCACCUCUUUCUCCGGUCAUAUUUUCGCAUUGGAAGCAGAUGUGUGCUUUUUAACAAACACAGUAGACUAGAAAUGACAUUGUUUUUUGCAAACAAUUAGAUGUAAAUAUACAUGCUCAAUUUUGAGAUGUUUUACUUGUCAGAAAGCUGUUUUUUCACAGCUGUUUUGUAGAAGUCUUUAUCCAAGUUGUUGCAACACAGCAGCGCGAACUGACCAGACAGAUGCUUUAUUUUAACCGAUAAAACAUGAAUAGCGUAGUACCAGUAAAGCUGUUUUAUGCUGUUUGUAGUUGGCAGUAUUUUCAUUUUUCUCCCCAGUUCUUUUCACAUCAUUUACUUGCUGCCUAUAAACACUGCUGCUAACGCUAUAGAGAGCUUGUAACGAUAAAUAGGGUAGCCGUAGAUGUUACUUUGACAAUCCCUGAGCCUCAGACAGCUGUUAUUGCAUAGGAUUUUCCAUGUACUGUAUCAAUACCCCUGUGCUGUCCAUGCAUUGAAGUAUUGGAUUGUCAUGAACGCAAGUCACUCUGUUCUAUUUGCUUUACUAUGUAUUUGCGUAGAUUGAAGUGUACACUACUGAUGCUGUUUGUUGUAAUGGGGAGCACAUAGCAAUAAAAGAUAUAAUUAUCUA